CUUCCUCUCCCUUCCCUUGUUUUGAAUAAACUUUACUGAGGAGGAGCUGGAGGGGGAAAAGCAGGACCCUGGGCCCCGCAGAGGCCUCUCCCGCCGCGGAAAAGCCCACGGAGCCGCUUUGCCCCGACAAGGCCUCAAUCCCCGCUCUGGAGUAGAGGCUUCCUCCCGGCAGAGGGCUCCGGGACCCGGCGUGUGAAUCAGCAGCGCUGCAGGCCUAUGGAAGGAUGAGGAGGGGAGAGCCCUGAUUUGGAGCAAAGCAAGACUCCUAGGAGCAAAUAGAAAGGGAGAGGCGAGGGGGGAAAUAAAGGGGGGGGUGCUCUUAGCUGGGGAUUAAGGGUCGAAAGCAAAGGUAUUGCCUUUGCUGAGAGGAAGGCUGGAGGACAAGCUGGGAAUCUCUCCUGAAAGAGAGGAAGAGGGGGGGGACGUUGGGGAUCUCCCCCAGAAACAAAAACCUGGGGGUCUUGCUCCAUGACUCCUUUGUUUCCAGGACUGUAAACUCCUCAGCAUCUGUUUUGGGGGAAGGGGAGAGCAGAGGUUGUCAGGGUAUGGUUUAAGGUUACCCUAUAGUCCCAUUUUGAGAGUAUGCUUUAAGGGGAUCGUAUUCUUUGGAGAAUAUGUUUUAAGUUUACCAUGGUCUUCUUUGGAGAGUAUGUUUUGAGGGGAUCAUAGUCUGGUUUUGAGAGUAUUUUUUUGGUGGGGUACCUUAUUCUUCUGAGAAUAGGUUUUAAGGGGAUCAUAAUCUCUUUUGAGAAUGUGUUUUAAGGGUAUCAUAUUCUUCUCUUGAGAGUAUGUUUUAAGGCUACCAUAACCUUUUUUAGAGUAUGUUUUGAGGGCAUCACAGUCUUCUUUUCGAGAGUAUGUUUUAAGGUUACCAUAACCUUCUUUUUUAAGGUAUGUUUUGAGGGUACUACUGUAUAAUCUUGGGGGAAACCUAUAAAAGCUUAGGUUAUCUAGGGGGAGGGGGAUUUAAGAGACAGUUUUUGGGGGUGAUACCCCUUGUUUCUGUGGGCGCAAAAGACUUUAAAAGAAUAACCCGACUAUUUUUGCACCAACGUGGAUGGGCCAAAAGUAAAGGUGGAUGAAAUAUUUAGGGGUCCCCCCAGUAGCUGGGGAACUGACUUGACUUCGGACUCAAGAAGGAUGACCGGCUCCUCCAGUUUGCUUCACUGGACCGUCUGAUUCCUGAGGAGCCUUCCUUUGCCCGAACGUGGGGCAGCCACCAUGGCCUCUGUCCCUGUGUAUUGUCUCUGCCGCCUGCCCUACGAUGUCACACGCUUCAUGAUCGAGUGCGAUGUUUGCCAGGACUGGUUCCACGGCAGCUGUGUCGGAGUAGAAGAGGAUGCAGCAGCUGACAUUGACUUGUAUCACUGCCCCAACUGCCAACUUCUUCAUGGACCAUCUGUCAUGAAACGGCGCCGGGGAAACCCAAAACAUCCUGAGUUGUCUGUGAACAAAGAGGUUGGCAAGACAGUGAAGACUGGUAGUUCUCAGUUCAUCAAGGAGCUUCGCAGCAGGACGUUUCCAAGUGCGGAUGAGGUAAUUCUAAAGCCAAGUGGGGCCCAGCUGACUGUGGAGUUCCUGGAGGAGAACAGCUUCAGUGUGCCCAUACUUGUCCUGAAGAAAGAUGGGCUGGGCAUGACUCUUCCUUCACCUUCAUUCACUGUCCGUGAUGUGGAGCAUUAUGUGGGUGCUGACAAAGAGAUCGAUGUGAUUGAUGUGACACGCCAGGCCGACCUCAAGAUGCGCCUGGGUGACUUUGUCAGCUAUUAUACCAGCAACCGCAGGGAAAAAGUCCUUAAUGUCAUCAGCUUAGAAUUCUCUGAAACAAGAUUGUCUAAUUUGGUGGAGACACCAAAGAUUGUGCGCAAGUUGUCCUGGGUGGAGAAUCUUUGGCCGGGGGAGUCAGUGUUCGAACGGCCGAAUGUGCAAAAGUACUGCCUGAUGGGGGUGCGGGACAGCUAUACAGACUUCCAUAUUGACUUUGGGGGCACUUCUGUCUGGUACCAUGUACUGCGGGGAGAAAAGAUCUUCUAUCUGGUGCGCCCCACGACUGCCAACUUGACACUCUUUGAAGCAUGGAGCAGCUCAUCCAAUCAAAAUGAAAUGUUCUUUGGGGACCAGGUGGACAGAUGCUAUCGCUGUCCUCUCCGUCAGGGCCAGACUCUCUUCAUACCCACAGGUUGGAUCCAUGCAGUAAUGACCCCUGUUGACUGCCUGGCCUUUGGGGGCAACUUUCUGCACAGUCUGAACAUUGAGAUGCAGCUCAAGGCCUAUGAAAUUGAAAAACGCCUUAGCACAGCUGAUCUAUUCAAAUUUCCCAACUUUGAAACUAUCUGCUGGUAUGUUGGCAAGCACCUCCUGGAUAUCUUCCGAGGCCUUCGAGAAAAUCGCAGACACCCGGCUGCUUAUUUGGUUCAUGGGGCCAAGGCCCUGAACACAGCCUUCCGCUCAUGGACUAAAAAAGAGGCCCUGGCUGACCAUGAGGAAGAAAUCCCAGGAACAGUACGUCCAGCACAACUCAUCAAAGAUCUGGCUAAGGAGAUCAGGCUUGUGGAAGAUAUAUUCCAGCAGAACAUUGGGAAGACGGGCAGUCCAUUCGGCCUGCAGAGGGGCACCCAGCCUGGUGCAGCUGCCAAAAAGGGAGACCAGAGCCCCAAGGAACCUGGCAGAAAAGGGAUCCAGAAGGAUGUUGCCUCCGUCAGAGUCCUGGAGCUGGAGCUGCUACGCAAAUACAAGAGGCAGGCCCUGAAAAGCCUGGAGAGCCCUGGGCAGGAAGAGUUUGACCUGCUAAGUUCCAGCUUGGAAGACACAGAUGGGGAACCUGACCUGACAGAAGAAGAGCUGCCUUUGGUGGUGGCCAAUGGCCGGGGCACCAGGAAAAUCAAGGCAUCAGAACGCAGAUGCAGCCGUAAAGGAGCACACACACGAGCCCCACCUAGCCCUUCUGAUGCUGAGGCCCUUGAUAUUGACUCUGAAGAGGACCUACAGAUUGAUGAAACACCUCGCCGCGAAAGGAGAAGUCUGGUUCUGCGUAAGAGAUUGGCUAAAUUUCCCCGGAAAUUGCCACGGGCCAAGCCCUGUUCUGACCCAAACCGGGUGCGAGAGCCUGGAGAAGUGGAGUUUGACAUUGAGGAGGACUAUACUACAGAGGAGGAGGAAGAGGAUGUCUCUGGUGAUGACCAGUUGGAGGGCAGUGGCAGUGCUGUUGGGAUCCUGGACCUGCUCAAGGCCAGUCGGCAGGUGGGCGGUGCAGACUAUGAUGAGCUCAGUGAUGCACCCGCCUCUCCCAGUACUCAGGAAGCCAUCCAGGGUAUGCUGUGCAUGGCAAACCUCCAGUCCUCCUCCUCCUCGCCCGUUGCCUCCAGCCUACAGGCUUGGUUGGCUGCUGGACAUGAACGCAGCUCUGCAGGAGCAUCCGGCACUCAGCGCUCAGGGAAGAGGCACACCAAGCGCCCAGCCCACCACAGCACUGACUGCGAGGAAGAGGCCAGCAUGGAUGAGCAGGAGAGCCUGGGAGCCUGCUUCAAGGACGCUGAGUACAUUUACCCUUCCUUGGAAUCAGAUGAAGAUGAUCCAGCCUUGAAGUCGCUACCGAAGAAAAAGAAAUGCACAGAUGAUGCUCCCUGGAGUCCCAAGGCUCGGGUGACCCCAACGUUGCCCAAGCAAGACCGCCCUGUGCGAGAGGGGACAAGGGUGGCAUCUGUCGAGACUGGUCUGGCAGCUGCAGCCGCUAAACUGGCUCAGCAGGAACACCAGAAGAUGCAGCGACGAAAGCUUGUGGCAAAAAGAAAGCCACCAUCUCCGAAGGCACCCAGCCCAGAACCAGAACUGGAACCAGAACCAGAACCAGUGGAAGCAGAAGUGGAGCCAGAUCUCCCGCUACCACAACAGGAACCGGAACCGGGGCUGGUGGUUCCUGUGCCCACUCCUCCAACACCUGAACCUAAACAGGAACAGUUUUCUGGCAGCCUGGUAGAUCACGAAUACACUGCCCGGCCCAAUGUCUUUGGCAUGGCCCAAGUGAAUCGUGGGUCCACACCCAUGGCGCCAGGUGUCUUCUUGUCUCAGCGACGCCCCUCAACUGGCUCACCAAGCGGUCCCCAGGCAGCACAAGGAAAACGCCCCAAGAAGGGCUUAGCGACAGCCAAGCAGCGACUCGGCCGCAUCCUGAAGAUCCAUCGCAAUGGCAAGCUGUUGCUCUGAGGGCUACCCUCACAUCCAGCUCCAGACCUCAGGCCUCUUCAGCAAAAGACAAUGGGUGAGGCACAGAGACAUGUUUGGAGGCACUGCCUUGGCAGUGUCCUCAAAGAGCUGCCGGAACUAUGAGGCAUGGAGAAAGCCCAUGCUCCCCCAUGUGGAUAAGAGCCGGGACUGAUCUGCCUGGCCACAGGAAGCAUUGAACUCAAUGGGCAGCUGUUCUGACACUGAGCUGAAGCAUCCUGGCUUUCCCCAGAGAAGCAGAUAAUACUGGAGGCGAAGGGCUUCCCCGUGCCCACUGACUCUCUAUCCCUACCUCGACCCACUGCAGUUCAUUUUUUUCUCUUGGGCUGAUACCUCUGUAGAGUUCUCCCCUCCUUCUGCCAAAAUCACACACAGGGAUGUUAGCCUUUAUUUUUCUUCCCAGCAGCUUCAACCACCCUUUAUAUUUUUGCUGCUGCACAUGAACACUUGCAUGCCAAGAAGUGGUUUUUAUUACUUUUUUUUUUUAAACCCAGCUUUCCCCCACAGGAACUAACUACUCAUUGCGUUUGUUUUAGCAAGUAGGUCUUCUUCCUUCCUGGCCUUCCCUCCGUAUGUCACACACUUUUGAGAUGGGCUGGGGCUGGGGACAGUAGAGACCUUUUCCCUGAAUCCCAGAAACGAUAAUCCAGCACAUUGGCAAAUUGAAGAAAGACAGGACAGAGAGUAAGGUUGUAGGAAAAUACAACACUGUAUUUUCUUCUCUGACUGGUGUCAGUGGAUAGGUAGGCAAGUUCAGGGUGGAACAAAGUCCAGGUCCAGAGUGCCCUCCACAGUAUCUUAAAACUUCCAGUCAGAUUUUGAGAAAGAAGGAACAGUGCCUGCCCUUGGUGGUGAAUUGGCACAAAACACACCAUCAGUAGUUUCAACAGAUUUAUUUGUAUCAUUUGCAAUUGCAAGGGGUGGGAGUGUCACAUGUUCAUGAUCCCAGAUCCCUCUGCUUUCAGUAUAUCAGGGUAGGCUGGGACCUUUACUCUCAUGUGCCCAGCUGUAGUUGUGAAGGAAGUUAUGCUUUAGUGUUUGCUUUAAUCCAAGAAGUCUUCUCUAAUACUCAGUCCACUGCAUGCAGCUGGAAGGCUAGUAGCUGUUACGAUGGAUGGGGCUGCUGAGCACAGAGUCCAGCGCAAAAGACUAUCCCUGGAAGGUGACCCCCUGUAACAUGAAAUUUUCCAGCCAGCUUUGCAGUUACUCCUCGCAGAUCUCUCCUGUUGUUAAUUCCCUCUUCCUCACACCUUGUUUUCCAGUUUGGCCAUAAAGCAGUCUUCAUUCUCCCCCUCCCCCUAACAGUGGCAGGGAGGGCACCAUGCCCCCUAAGCAAGGACUUUAAAAAAAAAAAGACAUUUCUACCCAGCUGCACGGCUCAGUUUAUAUGGCUGUGUACCAUAUUUUUAUGCCAGACUCCAGCAGGCUUUGUGUAAAUGUUUGAAUUCUAUUUUUUAGGCAUCUCUCUAGAAAUGUGUGUUUAACAGAACAAAACAAAUGAAGCUGAAACUUUUUUUAUAUAUUCAGGGUUAGAAUAAAAACCUUUGUUGGUUUA